GAGGAGGAGGAGGAGGUCGAGGAGGUGGAGGAGGUGCAGCAGGUGGAGGAGGAGGAGGAGGAGGAGGAGGAGGAGGUGGAGGAGGAGAAGGAGGUGGAGGAGGUGGAGGAGGUGCAGCAGGUGGAGGAGGCGUGGACCAGGGGGUCGGUGAAGGCGUGCACCUGCGACUGUGACCCCGCAGACCCCUUGACGGGGGGUCCCAGCAUCACCUACCCCACCCUGCCCCCGGCCCCCCCGCAGGGCCCACCUCGGGACUGCAUGCCAGAGUGCCCGUACCAUCGGCCCCUGGGCUUCGAGUCGGGCUGGGUGGCCCCGUCCCAGAUCAGCUGCUCCAACCAGGCCCAGUACGCGGGCUGGUACCUGGCCUGGCUGCCACACAGGGCCCGGCUCAACAACCAGGGCUUCGGGUGUGCGUGGCUCUCCAAGUACAACGACCCCCGCCAGUGGCUCCAGCUGGACCUGCAGCAGGUGGGCGUGGUCUCGGGGGUCCUGACCCAGGGCCGCUGCGACGCCGACGAGUGGGUCACCAAGUACAGCCUGCAGCACCGCACCACCGACAGCGCCCGCUGGGUGUACUACAAGGACCAGAGCGGCAACAACAGGGUGUUCUACGGGAACACGGACCGCUCCUCCACGGUGCAGAACCUGCUCCGCCCUCCCAUCGUGGCGCGCUACGUCCGCCUGCUGCCGCUGGGCUGGCACACGCGCAUCGCGCUGCGCAUGGAGGUCCUCAUGUGCAUGAAGAAGUGCAGCACACCUGGCCCCGCCCCCGUCUGACCACGCCCCUAUAAAGACUUCCUCCCUGCAGGUGUUUAAGGUUUAGGUGGUAGACGGAGGAAGGCUCAUCCUGUGUUCAGAAAAUGAACGUUUCCACUCUGGGAUUACCAAAGUUAUUUUGUUCAAGAUGAAAACCUUUCCCUCUCUAGCACUGCUUCCGGUCAACACCCAACGCCGUUAAAGAAAGAGAUCGCUUGAAUCAAAGUCAGUUUUAUUCCAGAUUUACCGUUACAUUUGUAAACAUGAAGAUCCUAAAAUAGUAAAUGUCACCACAGGGGAGGGUGAGAAUGGGGGGAGAUAACACGUUCUAUGCUACUCAGUUGUGUCCGUAAUAAAAUAAUAAAAACACCUCAAAAUACUUCAUCUCAUCUGACGCUUGGUGGAUGACAUACACUCAGCAGUAUUAAUGUAAUACUGUGUGCAGCGUGUGGUACGACACAUGGUACAGUACUCCUCCGUGACGAGGAGGGAGCGUGGGAAGCCUCCGUUAUAUUCUCUGUUCAGACGACACGGCACGCAGACUCCACACAGAGGAAGAUCAAUAUCACCUAUCAGGAUUAUUAUAAGGUCGAUAACGCGCUGCCACGCAGUCUCUUCAAAGUGCAACGUUUAAAAAAAUAAAACUUCAGCGUGUUGA